AUGGCUGCUGUUUGGCUGGAGACCCAUGGCAAGGCCGUGCUCGUCAAGGGUGACACCAUGAUGAUCAAGGACCUUCUGAAAGCAAAAGGCGGAAAGUGGAAUGGUGGACUAAAGUCAUGGCUCUUCCCUGGUAGCAAAAAGGCCGGGGCUGCACUCACACACCAUACAUGGCAUGCCUCUUCAUAG